AUGGGUUUUUCAGAGAAUCCCAAAUUUUUAUUAUUAACAAAAAAAAUUUUUAAAAAGUGGAAAAUUAUAGGAUUAAUAGUUUCUAUAAUUGGAUUUUUUUAUUUUUGUAUUUUCAAUAAAAUAAGUAAAAAUGCUGAGCUAGAUGCUCGUACCUUUACCCCAUAUCCAGGAAAUUCUACCUUAAAUGAAGAAAACGAGAAUUUUUUUAAAAAUACGAAUAAUUAUUUUUUAAAUUAUAAAUAUGAAGGAGAACAUAUAAUUGAUAUUAUACAGGAAUAUAUUAAUAGAAUAUCACCUUUUAUAGAAACAGAAAAACAUAAAAUAACAUUGAAUAGUAAAGUUGAUGAUUAUAUAUUGUUAAGUAAUGUCCCUUGUAAGUUUUGUAAUAAUAUAGAAAAUUUAAUAAUUGUAAUAAAUUUUGACUAUAAAGAAAGAAAAUAUUUUCAUUCUUUAACUGUUGGUUUGACAUUAAUUCAUCAUUUUUCAAAUUGUAACUACAUGAGUAAAGAUAUAAUAUUUUUAUUUAUGAAUAAAGAGUUAUUAUAUUCAUCAGGAAUUCAAGAAUUUAUACAGUUUUAUUUUUAUGGUAACUUGAAUAAUAGAAAAUCAAUUACAAGAUCAGCAACAAUAAUAGAAUUUGAUUCUAUUUACCCAUCAUCUAUUAAAAUUAAUUAUAAUAGUCUAAAUGGUAUGUUACCUAAUCAAGAUUUAAUUUUAUUAUUAACAAAUGAAUUAUAUCAUUAUAGUAUUCCUGUAAAAACAGAACAAACUCAUAAUGUUAUUUUUGAUAUGGCUUUUGAAAAAAAUUAUGAAAAAGGACACAUUCAUUUUUUAAGAGAAAAUAUCCCAUCAUUUACUACUACGGGUAUUAGUAAAAUCCCACUGAAGAAUAAAAUGAUAAAUCUAUUUGAUUUUACAAAAGCUUUACAAAGCUAUUUAAGAAGUCAAAGUAAUACACAUGAAGGAUUUUGUCAUUCGUCAAAUUUUUAUUUUUUUGAUACUAUUAAAAAGCAUAUACCUAUUAGUAUAUACUGCUAUAGUGUUUAUCUAAUAUGUUGUUAUUGCAUUUUAAAAUUAAUGAAAUCAAAAAUUUUUAGAAAUUACAUAAAUUUUUUAAUAGGGUUAUACACUUACAUUAUAACUAUUUUAAUUAUAUCCUUACCAAUGUAUUUGUUGUCAUCAAACGAUAAAAUUUACGAUUUUUUAAAUUUAGAAAAAAAAUUACCAUUAUGUGAUGAAUGGCACCCUGAUAAUUUUAUGAAUUACAUAAAAAUAACUGACUAUUGGAUAAAUAUUUUUAUUAUUUCAUUAGCAAUUGCUUUUGUUUUUAAUUAUUUUAUUUUAUAUAUUGUUAAUAAAUUUCACAAAAUAAAUGGCUAUUGUAAAGUAAAAAAAGUAGAAAAAGUUGUAAUUUUAGAAAAAAUAAGAGAUUUGAAAGAAAAGAAAAAAAAGUUAAGUGGGCUUUAUCUUUAUAAUAAAAAUUAUGAAAAAGAUUUAAACUUAAAUUCUGAUGUAAAAGAAAAUAUAAUAAAACCUAAAGUCAUCCAUAGUGAUGAUGAAAAUUUUAUUCUUGAAAAAAAAAAUAGAAAUUUAAUUAAAGAUAUACAAAAUAAGAUAGAAAAAAUGGAAACAAAACUUAAAAUAUUAGACAAUGAAAAUGUCAAAUACAUUUUUAAAAAUUCAGUAGCACCUUAUUCUUUAAUAAUGAAUUAUAUCAAUAUAUUUUUUUUUAUUUUAAUAGUACUAUUAUCAUCGCUAUAUAACUGGUCAUAUUCGGUAAUAUUUUGUAUCACAUUUGUUGUUCCUAUAUCAUUAUUACAUAAUAUUAAAAAGAAACCCAAAAAAAUUGUUGAGAAGAUUAUAAUUUUAUUUUUUAUUAUUUUUACAUUAAUCUAUAUAUAUCCUUAUGAAAAUUUUAUUUUGAAUGAAAGACAUAAAAUGACUAAUUUCUUGAUGAAUAUUUUUAAUAAAUGCGAAAAAUAUUUAAUUAAUUCUAAAUGGUCAAAAAUGAAAUAUUUUCCAGAAUUUUUUUAUUUUGUAUGUUCAAAUAAGUAUUUUGAUUAUUUAUAUACAAAUAAAUAUUUUUUAAAUAAUCAAGACAUCAAAUUUAAUUAUAAUAAUGAAAUAAAAAAUGGUGUUUUAUUAAAUAUAUAUAAUAUAGCUAGAAAUCACUAUUGUAUAGGUUCUUUAACUUAUCCACUUUUAUGUUUUACUUUGUUCCCAAUUUAUUUCUAUAUAUUGUUUAUAUUUUUUUUUGCGUAA